CGCCGCCUGGGCCGCCCCGUGUCCCCGGUGGAGCCGCCGCCGCCGCCGCUGCCGCCGCCGCCGCCGCCGCCGCUGCCGCGAGCUCGAUGCGGACGGAGCCUGGGCCGGGCCAUGGGGAUCCUCAGCAUCACGGACCAGCCGCCCCUGGUCCAGGCCAUCUUUAGCCGAGAUGUGGAGGAAGUGCGUUCCCUCCUCUCGCAGAAGGAGAACAUCAAUGUGCUGGACCAAGAGAGGCGAACCCCAUUGCAUGCUGCUGCCUACGUAGGCGAUGUCCCCAUCCUCCAGUUGCUACUGAUGUCAGGUGCUAAUGUUAAUGCUAAGGACACACUGUGGCUGACCCCUCUUCAUCGUGCCGCUGCCUCCCGAAACGAGAAGGUGCUGGGGUUGCUGCUGGCACACUCAGCUGAUGUGAAUGCCCGGGACAAGCUGUGGCAGACACCGCUGCACGUGGCUGCUGCCAACCGGGCCACCAAGUGCGCCGAGGCCCUGGCACCCCUGUUGAGCAGCCUCAAUGUGGCAGACAGGAGCGGACGCAGCGCCCUGCACCACGCAGUGCACAGUGGGCAUCUUGAGACGGUGAACCUGCUCCUCAACAAGGGAGCCAGCCUGAAUGUCUGUGAUAAAAAGGAGCGGCAGCCGCUGCACUGGGCAGCGUUUCUAGGGCAUCUGGAGGUCCUGAAGCUGUUGGUGGCCCGUGGAGCAACCCUCAGCUGCAGAGACCGGAAGGGCUACGGGCUGCUGCAUGCGGCUGCAGCCAGCGGCCAGAUUGAAGUGGUGAAGUACUUGCUGCGGAUGGGGGCUGAGAUUGAUGAGCCCAACGCUUUUGGAAACACAGCUUUGCACAUCGCUUGCUACCUGGGCCAGGAUGCUGUGGCUAUUGAGCUGGUAAAUGCAGGAGCCAACGUCAACCAGCCGAACGACAAGGGGUUCACACCACUGCACGUGGCAGCAGUCUCCACCAAUGGCGCGCUCUGCUUGGAGCUGCUGGUCAAUAAUGGGGCCGACGUCAACUACCAGAGUAAAGAAGGAAAAAGCCCUCUGCACAUGGCUGCCAUCCAUGGCCGAUUCACACGUUCCCAGAUCCUCAUUCAGAAUGGUAGCGAGAUUGAUUGUGCUGACAAGUUUGGGAACACACCACUGCAUGUAGCCGCUCGCUACGGACACGAGCUGCUCAUCAGCACUCUCAUGACCAAUGGCGCGGAUACCGCCCGGCGCGGUAUCCACGACAUGUUCCCCCUGCACUUAGCUGUUCUCUUUGGGUUCUCUGACUGUUGCCGGAAGCUUCUUUCCUCAGGCCAGCUGUAUAGCAUCGUGUCUUCACUCAGCAAUGAGCAUGUGCUUUCCGCUGGGUUUGACAUCAACACACCCGACAGCCUUGGCCGCACCUGUCUCCAUGCUGCUGCUUCUGGAGGGAAUGUUGAAUGUCUAAAUUUGCUGUUGAGCAGUGGGGCUGACCUGAGGAGAAGAGACAAAUUUGGAAGGACCCCACUGCACUAUGCAGCUGCCAACGGUAGCUACCAGUGCGCAGUGACGCUGGUGACCGCCGGGGCGGGCGUCAAUGAGGCAGACUGCAAAGGCUGUUCUCCUCUGCACUACGCUGCUGCCUCUGACACCUACCGGAGAGCGGAACCCCACACUGCUUCCAGCCAUGAUGCUGAAGAGGAUGAGCUACUGAAGGAGUCUCACAGGAAGGAGGCCUUCUUCUGUCUGGAGUUCUUAUUGGAUAAUGGUGCAGACCCCUCCCUGCGGGACAGGCAGGGCUACACAGCCGUGCACUAUGCAGCCGCCUACGGCAACAGACAGAACCUGGAACUGCUCUUAGAAAUGUCCUUUAACUGCCUGGAGGACGUGGAGAGCACUGUCCCAGUCAGCCCUUUGCACUUAGCUGCCUACAAUGGUCACUGUGAAGCCCUGAAGACGCUGGCUGAGACGCUGGUGAAUCUGGAUGUCAGGGACCACAAGGGCCGGACCGCGCUCUUCCUGGCCACUGAGCGGGGCUCUACUGAGUGUGUGGAGGUGCUUACAGCCCACGGUGCCUCUGCCCUCAUCAAGGAGCGUAAACGCAAGUGGACACCCCUACAUGCUGCUGCUGCUUCUGGCCACACUGAUUCCCUGCACUUGCUGAUUGACAGUGGGGAACGAGCUGACAUCACAGACGUCAUGGACGCCUAUGGACAGACCCCGCUGAUGCUGGCCAUUAUGAAUGGUCAUGUGGACUGUGUACAUCUGCUGCUAGAGAAAGGAUCCACGGCCGAUGCUGCUGACCUCCGGGGCCGCACCGCCCUCCACCGUGGGGCAGUGACUGGCUGUGAGGACUGCCUGGCUGCCCUGCUGGACCACGAUGCAUUUGUGUUGUGCCGAGACUUUAAGGGCCGCACACCUAUCCACCUGGCCUCAGCCUGUGGCCACGCCACAGUGCUGCGGACCCUGCUGCAGGCCGCUCUUUCCACAGACCCCCUAGAUGCUGGUGUCGACUACAGCGGAUACUCGCCCAUGCACUGGGCCUCCUACACUGGACAUGAAGAUUGUCUGGAGUUGUUACUUGAACACAGCCCAUUCUCAUACCUGGAGGGAAACCCCUUCACUCCUUUGCACUGUGCAGUAAUUAAUAACCAGGACAGCACCACAGAGAUGCUGCUGGGAGCUCUGGGUGCCAAGAUUGUGAACAGCCGAGACGCCAAAGGACGGACCCCCCUUCACGCCGCUGCCUUCGCGGACAAUGUCUCUGGGCUCCGGAUGCUGUUGCAGCAUCAAGCUGAAGUGAAUGCCACUGACCACACUGGCCGCACCGCGCUCAUGAUGGCAGCCGAGAACGGGCAGACUGCUGCUGUGGAAUUUCUGCUGUAUCGAGGGAAGGCAGACCUGACUGUGCUGGACGAGAACAAGAACACUGCCCUGCACUUGGCUUGUAGCAAGGGCCAUGAGAAAUGUGCCCUCAUGAUCCUGGCAGAAACCCAAGACCUUGGCCUUAUCAAUGCUACCAACAGUGCACUGCAGAUGCCACUCCACAUCGCUGCCCGGAAUGGCCUAGCUUCUGUGGUGCAGGCCCUGCUGAGUCGUGGGGCCACAGUGCUGGCUGUGGAUGAAGAAGGUCACACCCCAGCGCUGGCCUGCGCUCCCAACAAAGAUGUGGCAGACUGCCUGGCCCUGAUCCUUUCCACCAUGAAGCCUUUCCCGCCCAAGGACGCCGUCAGCCCUUUCAGCUUCAGCCUGCUCAAGAACUGCGGCAUCGCGGCUGCCAAGACGGUGGGUGGCUGUGGCGCCCUGCCUCACGGGCCGUCCUGUCCCUACAGCCAGGAGCGGCAUGGUGCCAUUGGGUUAGACGGCUGCUACUCCGAGUAGCCCCUCGAGCGUCCCUUCCCCUGCCGGCGGCUUGAUACCUUAUUCUAUUUAUUUAGAAGAAAAAUCUAAACAUUUAGGGCACUUUAAAGGAGAACACGACUGGGUCUGGGCAGGGGAGCACUGGGGAGCUGCUGCUCACCCCUUUGCCACACCAUCCUGGCCUGGCAGAGGCCUGGGACCCACAGGGAGCACCCCAGGCUCUUGGUACCCCCAGGGCAACCCCUUCUGCCAAGUGUCCCAAAAUGAUUACUAAAUGCCUGGCUCCCCCCUUGGACUCCAUCUCUCAGUUCCCCCUGUUUGCUGCCAGCUCCCCCAACUCUUCCUCUGACUCUCCUCUCUGUCCCUCCUCCCCUCACCCCUGCUGCCAGGCAGACCCCCUUCCUCUUCCAUACCCAGCACUGCCUCCCCGCUUGGCCCCUCCAUCCCUGCAGCAGUGAGAAGCCUUAAUUUCUGGUACUGUGUGAGCACUCUGGGGGUGUCCCCCUCCCUCUUCAGGGGCAGCUAGAGGAUGGGGGGUAUUCAGCACUGGGGCCUAGAGCUUCCCCCCCAUAUCCCAUCAUCCCUGAAAUUCAAACGCAGACACUUGAAGCAGCAACUACUGAACCUGGCCCUUAUCCCGCGCUCUCCCCCGGCUCCUCAUGUGCAAACCAAGGGCUGCUUCUGCCCCCACAGCCUGCUCCCGCCCCACAGCCUGCUCCUGCCCCCACUUCCAGCCUGGCCCCCAACCACGCACUUUAACCUUGCUUCUUUCUUUUAACUCUUCUCGGGAGGGCAGCCUGUGGCGCCUCCGUCCUCGGCUCUUUUCUCCCUGAACUCUGAGGCUUGUCAUGAAUUUUUAAGUAAGCAUUUUAUUCUUUAGGGGAAGAAACAAAUUAAUAUCCUGCCCAUUUCAAAACCACAGCCCUAGUAUGUCCUCUGUGUGUCAGGCAUGUGUUUGCAUGUGAGUGGAGGUAGGGACCACGUUCUUCCUCCCAUAUCCCCCAACCCCAGAGUUUCUCCAUGUCCCCUGUCUGUCUCCACCUCUGUCAUGUCUGAGAGUACCCACUGCCCCAGUCACUCCUGAUAUGAAGCCAAAGAUGGUGGGAAGGGCAGGAUCAGUAUAGGGACCGCUUGUUAGGGAACCAGACCUUCCUCCAGCGAGGGGGUGGAGCACUGGUCAAGGGAGCAGCCGAUGGACACUGAGGCUUAGUCCCUGCCUUUCCAGCAUGGGGAGAGAUGGGGUUGAGUAGGCGCUGCACUGAUAAGAUUCCUGGAAUGUCCCUGAGAAGCCAAACUGGGCUGGAAUGAGAAGGGGCAGUGUUCUCUUUAAAUGUAGCAUUGCAUCUGGCCUGGUCCCUCAGAUGCCCUGUCCAUCCGUCUCCUUGGUGAGCCUCUGCACAGUCGGACCCAAUCCCGUAACCCGGUGUCCCUUCCUCACACGCAAUACCUCAGCCAGGGGCCAAGACACAGAACUUGAACAGAGGUCCUGCCCCGCCCGCAGCGCACCCUUGCCCAGUCUGGCUGCCGUCAGUAUUGCCCCUGAGAACUGAGAACUGGACGGGCUUCGUUUACACAGUACAGGGGUCUCUCCCAGGGGUCUCUCCACCUCCCACCCCAGCUUGCUCGACUCAUUCUCUGUCAGUUUUCAGUUGUGCCCCUGGAAUGUCUUGCCACCCUUGCCAAGGGUGAGCUGAGGGGAGAGAGGCUGUCCCAGGGAGCCCUUCCUCCCCACAGACACCCUGCACCAUACCUCACGCUGGUUCCCAGAAGCCUGGGGUGUUUGACUUUCCUUUCUGUGGUCCCCGUUCAUCUGUGUCUUGCUGCCCUACCCUCAGAUCCUAAACCAUUUCAAGGCUUCCACGUGACCGUUAUUGGUGAGAAGGAUUGUGCAGCUUAGUUUUUAUUUUUGUUUUCAAAGCCAAAGGGCCUUGCAAUGCCCCUCUUGCCCACACCCUCCAUGCCUCCCCUUCCCUAUACGACAAUCAAUGUGACCUCUCUUAAGGGCUGCCGCCCCCCCCCCCCCUGCUGGUUCUGCAUCGCUUGCCCCAACUUCAGUUCUCUCCUAGAAUCUUCCCAUCUCACCCUCCCUUCAUCUUGGUGCUGGGAAUUAGGUGGUGGGGGGCAUGGGGGCAGGGACGUGGUUCCCCGGGGUGACUUGGGGUAUCAGUCGUGUUCUCCUUUAUCAGAGCUUGACGAUGUCAGAAGGAAUCUGACGAGCGAGCGUUUGUCAGGAGCCCCGCUGUUCUGCUUUGCUAGAUGAGAUUCCGGUGGCUGGCUGUUCCCUGCUAUCCCGGGCACACUGUCAGCAGUGCUGGGAAUGUGACAGGGAGCCCCCUGUCCCUCCUCAUGUGGCUAUGAGGAGGCCUGGAGGGCGAGCAGCCUCCUCUCCUUAUGCCAAAGGAAAUCCCGCACCCCACCCCGGGCUCCGCAGCCCUAGUGUUUUGAAGCAUUUUGACCAUUCUCAUGGCCACUGCAUAUUUAUUUUAAUGUUAAGAUUUUUUUAAACCUCUUUGACUUAAACGGGUGUGGGGAAGUAAAACAGGCGGAAUGCCCCCCAAUCUUAAGGGGGUUGAGUGGGGGGGGGCAUCUCCUUCCCUCCUCUGUUCCCCUCCCCUCCCCACCGCAGCUCUAAAGCACUUGCUUCAAGUAAUAAGCACUUUUGUGAAAAGGCCUAUUUUAAGGACGGACCCUGGGAGCAGCCCUGGGUCCCAGCAAAGGAGGCAGAGCAGGGCUACAUAGGAGACAGGGAAGCAGGCGUGAGUCAGAGGCGACUUGAGAAGAGCCAGUUUUUAGUUUCUCAUUUUAGGGGGAUGUUUCUGAUUGGGCGGUGGCUUUUGUAGGGUUGUGUACCAUCCUUCAGAAAAACAAAUGGCACAAAGUGUGGGUCCCAGGAUGGACCGACAGACCCAGGUCACUGCCACUGUCCAGCUGAGACUCUAAGACUGGUGGGCCACCUCCCCCACCCCGUGGCCCCUGAGCCAUAGGACUGCUGAAAACCACUGAAUGUACAGCCCAGGGUGGGGUGGGAGUAUCCCCUGGGGGAGGGGGCUUCUCCUUUUGUUUGGUGCUGUGGGGGGUGGGAGAUAGGAGACAGAGGGGACUGCCACCCCAUGUAGACAUGUGUUCCUUGGGGUGAGGGGCUGAGGAGGGCCGCCUCCCUCUCUAACCCCAGCCACGGCCCCUCUUCCUUCCUCACCCCUAUCCGUUUUGACUGUAAGUCCAGCUCACCUUUGCCUUCAAUAUGUAACCAAAGGAAAACUCAAUACUGUCUCCACCGCUGUCUGCCCACCCAAGCACCUUCCUCCUCCCUGGAUCAGAGGGGAGAAGAGGCUGGGGGUGGGGAUGGUGGGGCCUGAGUGAAUGGUUCUACAACUGUACCCCCAAAACCCUCUCUAUGGUCUUGGAAGGGGUCCCAGAGGUGGGAUGGGGCCAGGCUGGCAGGCUGGGAGUGCGCUCACCGUGUAUCUCCUGCACGUGAGCGUUUCUUUGUGGAAAUGACUCCAGUGACUACGCUCCAGCGGGGAGGCCCCCUUCCUCCUUCCCACUCAGCCGGUUUUCACCCUCUCCCAGCCCAGUGCUCAUUCCCUGCCCCCUCCCACCGCAAAGGAAAAUAGCCUUACAGACCCUAGCCCGGAAGCCCUGCUCCUGGGGCAAGCCAGUUUGGCCAUCCCUCCUGCCAAGUCUGAACCCCACCUUUGGGGGAGGGGCGGGGGGCAAAGCAGCCUCCCCCUUCUGUGUGGCUCCAACCCCUGGGCCUUUACCCAGCUUGGGCAGGACAGAGUGAGGAGUCUUCAAGGACCAAGCCCAGUGGUCGGGGAAGAGGGGGGUAGAGAAAGAAGGGUCUGACUUGGGGACUCCUCCUCCCAACCCAACCCCUGUAGAGAAGCGACCAAAUUCCCAGAGGUGGGAGGGAGUUGGGGUGGGGAGGGUCUGCUCUUUGAAUUACUUGAAGGUACUGACUCCGAGGCUGCUGUUGCCCACGUAGGUGUGAGGGGACACUGUCACUGCAUUUGGGAGGGCAGAGGAUGGCGGGUGACGAGUGGAUCCACCCUUGGCCCUCGCUCACUCCUGUUAGGCCCUGUCCCUGGGCCUCCUGUCCGCACCUCACUCUGGGCGCCCCUCCAGUUGCACUAAAGUAGCUGUUGUGCCAGUCUGCCCCACGCCAGGGUGGGGUCUCUGCUUCCAGUCCUUCCCGCCGCCUCUGCUCCCAUCCUGGACAAUCUUGUUCACUCCUAUUCCUGGAUAGCUCAGCUUUGUGUGUGCGUGUGCGUGUGCGUGAGCGUGUGUGUUUCAGGGGUGGGUGGGUUUGGCUGGAGUGGGUCUGGCAGGGAUUUGGGAAGGGCUAGGAGAAAGACGGAGGAUGGUAUCUCCUACCCCCUUCCCCAACUCCAAGCCACAGAAGCCCGGGAGGGAGCGUGCCUACUCUCGCUGCCGUGUGUCUUGCAGAUGUGCCAAAAUGGGGCGGGGGGGGGGGGGGGGGGGAG